UCACACUGUGAUUUUACUUUUUUAUAACAUCCAGUAGCGAAAUUACAACAUAUCACUGCCGUAAAUCGUUGAAAGCCAAUCAACUGUACAAAGAUUAUUUAAAUUCAGCAUUAUCUCGACACACGUCCACCCCUCCGGGCAGAGUUGGUAUCGUCCGUGUCUCCCCCAGCAUCAAACGCACAUGUUGGGUGUGUUGUGUUGAGGAUUGCAUUGAUAUUCUUGCUUUUUGCAAAUCUAUGAGAGCUGUCACGUUGCCGUUUGCUCUCCACAGACCGCAGAGACAAUGAGAUAAGUCAGACAGUCACAGAGAAAUACUUUAAAUAUCCGAGUUAACGCAGAAAACACUUGUAGGUGUGCGGUGAAGGAGGCUGACACGCGUCCCGGCGUGGCUGCAGGCAGGCUGCUACUGUGGGACUCCACCGGACUGUAGGCUUUGAGACUUGCGACGUGACACCAUGAGCUCCAAGGUGUGUAAGAACUGCGGCAGCUCGGACAUCGAUGUCGAUCAGUCGCGGGGCGACGCCGUCUGCAUGACGUGCGGCUCCGUGCUGGAGGACAACAUCAUCGUGUCCGAGGUGGAGUUUGUGGAGACGGGAGGCGGAGGCUCGCUGGCCGUCGGACAGUUUGUCUCAGCAGAAGCUGGAGCCAAACAUCCCUCUUUUGGAGACGGACACUUCACAGGUGUUGGGAGGGAGUCCCGAGCUCAGACGCUGCAGAAAGCGAAACAGAACAUCAACACUCUCGGUCACCAGCUGCAGAUGAACCAACACUGUCUGGACACCGCCUUCAACUUCUACAGGAUGGCGCUCGGCAAACAGCUGACCCGCGGCCGCAAGGCCUCCCACGUCAUUGCCGCCUGUCUCUACCUGGUCUGCCGCACCGAGGGAACACCGCACAUGCUGCUGGAUCUCAGUGAUCUCCUGCAGGUGAACGUUUACAUCUUGGGAAGAACUUUUCUCGUCCUGGCCAGAGAACUGUGCAUCAACGCCCCGGCUAUAGACCCGUGCCUGUAUAUCCCCCGUUUCGCCCAGAUGCUUGAAUUCGGGGAGAAAAACCACGACGUCUCCAUGACAGCGAUGAGACUGGUGCAGAGGAUGAAGAGGGACUGGAUGCACACAGGACGACGGCCGUCGGGACUCUGCGGAGCAGCUCUUCUUGUCGCCGCUCGUAUGCACGAGUUUCGCCGCACCAUCAAAGAAAUCGUCAGUGUCGUAAAAGUGUGUGAAAGCACGCUAAGAAAAAGACUGAUAGAGUUUGAGGACACACCCACCAGUCAGCUGACCAUCGAAGAGUUCAUGAGGACGGAUCUGGACCAAGAGUGUGACCCUCCCUGCUAUACAGCUGGGCUGAGGAAGAAAAAAGCCCAUCAGCUGGAGAUCGAGCUGAAGAAAAAGAUGGAUGACGUUGAAGAUGAAAUUCAGAGCUACCAGGAUGAAAUAGACACAGAGCUGCAGAACAGCAGACCCAAACUGAGAGGAGUUUACGCCGCCUACGCUAAAGAAGACGGUGACGACGACAUCGACGAAAUCCUCUCCACGUCGUCUAAGACGGUGGACGACGAGGAAGCGGACGACGACGACGACGAGGAGGACGAGCUUCAGGCCGUGGCCAAGCACUUCGGCAAAGAGCUCGGCGAUCUCACGCUGGAGGCUCUGAUAAAACUCGAGCAGAAGACGCCAGAGGAGGACGAGCAGGAGCAGCAGCAGGAGGAGGAGGACAUCCCGAAGCGAAAAGGCCCGUCGCUGGCGUCCAUCCUGGGCACGAUGCCCACCGCGGCCACCCUGGGUCUCAAAGAGUCCAUCAGCAACUGCAUCGGAGACGAGAAGGAGAACGAUGGUGCUGCUGACAGCGGGGAGCUGGACCUGAGUGGGAUAGAUGACAGCGAGAUAGAGCUGUAUCUGCUGAAUGACAAAGAAGUCAAAAUCAAGACGGCGCUCUGGAUGGCAGAAAACUCUGACUACCUCAAAGAACAGAAAGAAAAGGAAGCCAAGAUAGCGAAGGAGAAGGAACUCGGCAUCUACAAAGAAAAGAAGCCCAGAGGACCCGCGAAGAGGCGCCCCCCGAUCCGAGCCAACACCGCCGACGAGGCCAUCGAGAAGAUGCUGGAGCAGAAGAAGAUCUCCUCCAAGAUCAACUACGACGUCCUGAAGGAUCUUAACGUCAAACCCGGCGCCAGCCCGUCACGCAAGACCGAGUCCCCGAAACAAGUGUCCGCCACGAAGCUGCCUGGACGGAACCGCAACCCCGCCAGAGCUCCGCUCAGCCUCAGCACGCCGCUCAGCACCCUGGGAAAAAGGUUGCAGCCGUUCAUCAGCGGACAGACCAAUAAGAAGCUGGCUGUAGAGCAGACUGCCAACCCCAACCCCCUGCCGGUGCCUGUCGGAGCCCCCGCCAGCGGCGUUUUGGUGGAGAGCGGGCCCGUCGUCUACGAUGAUGUAGCGGUGGAUGAGGAAGAGGAGGAGGAGGAGGAGACUUGUGUCAGCGCCAUGGAGCUGAUGGGAGGCCACGAUUAUGGCUCUGAUGGAGAUUACGAUGACGGAUUCUAGCAGCGGUUUUCCCCCCCGAAUCACUACCCUCAACUGGUACGGACCGUUUUGCGACCUCAGCUGCGUUAAAUGUUUACUACCGGGGACACAAAACGGCUGCGGCGAAGAGCGGUCACAGAUGGGAGACGAGACGCUGUAGGGGAACGAGAGAUGAUUCCCAUCAGGGAAAAAAAAAAAGUGAUGCAAGAGAACAAAAGAUGGAAAAAAACAAAAAAAAAGAAAUCACACACCUGGUUCAAACUGGGAACAAACUGGGAGAGACACUGCUUGGAUGCUGACAGAGAUGGUGAAGUGGAAACAAGGGAUACGAGUAUAUCUGAACAGUGCGGGUCAAAGGCAGCAUGCAGCCGCAAUAUUGCAAAACCAAAGGUAGGAAACAAGUAAGUAUUGAUUUAGCAUAAAUACAUACACAUAUAUAGAUAAGACUGACGUUUGAACAGCAUUUAAAUGACUGUAUCUCAAUGUGUAGUUGUGAAACAGUCAUUUAAAUGCAGCUGAAACAAUAGUUAUAAUAACACAGACAACUUUAAAACACUAGCCCAGUUCAUGCUGGAGGUCUUCUGACCUGUAAAACUGCUGAAUCAUUGCUUACUGGAAAGUUCUCGUCAUGUGACAAACAAACGCUGUUGAACUUUGUCUCGAGGAUGAAUUUUUUCGUCCCGACUAGAUUUUUUUGGUCGAGAUAUUGAGGAAGUUUUUAAUGUAGCAAAAAAGAGAAGCCGAACAAAAAAAAACAUAUUAUCCUUAAACUUGCACUUUGUAUCCAUAACACUCGAGUACUUAACCGUCAUGUGACUUCCUCGUUGUACUUCCUGACACCUACUUCUGUCUUAAAAACAUAUGAUGUCUGAUUAUU